AGGGUGCGGGCAGCCCCUGUCAGGCCGUUCCGUUUCAUCAGCGGAGCCGCGGGCGAGGGGGAUACGGGGCCGGGCCGAGGGGACGCGCCCCCCGCCGGCCCGCUGACCCGGGCCCGCCGCCGCCCGGAACUGUCGGGCACGGGCGCGUUUCCCGCGGGCAGCCCCGGCCGCGCGUACCGAGGCGUGAGGGGGAGCGGCGUGGCGGGCGGACCUGGGCGGGCGGCGGGCCGCCAUGGCGUCGCCCCCGCUGGCGGCGGCGGCGGUGGCGGCCGAGAGCGGCGGCGAGGCGAGCUCGGGGUCUGAGGAGACGGGGCCGGCGGCGGCGGGCCGCGACCUGGCCGCGCUGUUCGAGCAGGCGGCCGAGCGGCUGCCGGCGCUGCUGCCCGCCGCCAGCAAGGAGCAGCUGCUCUACCUGUACGCCCGCUACAAGCAGGUGAAAUUUGGCACCUGUAACACUCCCAAGCCAAGCUUCUUUGAUUUUGAGGGAAAGCAGAAAUGGGAGGCUUGGAAAGCCCUGGGAGAUACCAGCCCUCAUCAAGCUAUGCAGGAGUAUGUUGCUACAGUGAAAAAACUGGACCCCAGUUGGAAUCCACAGACAACAGAGAGGAGGGGAAAGGAAAGCAAAACUGCAUUCGGAGGCCCAGUUGUCAGCUCAUUAUAUCAAGAAGAAACAAUCAGGGAAGAGGACAAGAACAUUUUUGAUUACUGCAGAGAAAACAACAUUGACUAUGUAACCAAAGCCAUUCAAUCAAAAAAAGUGGAUGUGAAUGUCACAGAUGAGGAGGGCCGGGCUCUGCUCCACUGGGCGUGUGACAGAGGACACAAGGAGCUGGUUUCAGUACUGUUACAGCAUGCUGCUGAUGUUAACAGCCAGGAACAAGUCCCAACGAUCAUAGACUGAGACGAGAGUUUUCAGAGUCUGACAUCUAGUUGUACUUGGUGGUGGAUGAUCAAAUGAAAGAGCAGCUUCAUGCCUUAUAAAAUAAAAAAUGGUAAAUCAGCUACUAAUAAAAUUCACAGAGGCUGCUAAAAGGCUGUUGGAUGUCACAAAACCAGCAACCCUUUGAGGUGAUGAGAUGGGAGCUUCUUAAAUCAACACAUGCAGUCAGCUUCUCCCUGGCAGUGGUCCACUUUGGGGCAGGAUCCAGGCUCUGAUGCCUUCCCCCUCUGGCAGACAGCUGUGAGUGUGCGAACGUCCUCUUUAAUUCCAGAUUAGCCACAAAGAGGAGUCAUCAUCCUUAAGAAACAGGCAUGCUCGGGAAGGAAGGGCUGUCUGGAGGCUGCAGGGCACAGCACUGUCCUGAGGUGCUUUGAGAUGUCCGAGCGAGGUCCCUGGUGUUGGGUUUUUCUAACGAAGCAGAAGAAAGAAGUGUCUUUGAAGCUGUGGGCCAAGGGCCGCUGUAAGUCAGCUCCCUUGCUAGCCCAGGCUUCCCCAAGCUUGGCUUAAUAAAAUCCAGAUCCCAUUUAAUGAGGUCAGAGGAUGCUUCAGAUCAUCUCAACACCUAAAGUUUUGAUUUUGCACGCCAAACCAAGGAAGGUUUAUGAGACCAAAAUAGUCUCCAGAGCCUUCAGCCUCACUGACUUAAAAAAGAUCCCUGGGCCAUUAGCAGCACCUCUGCCACUCCUGCGGCACAUGGACACGUGCAACUUGGCUGUGCUUUUGCUGCAACUGUGCCUGCGGUCGUCAGUCAUGAUACUGCAGCCUCCCUGCCAGCGCUCCAGCCGCUCCUGCAGGGUUCUGGGCAUUUCAGCUGAGCCUGCCUUUGCCCCGUUCCGUGGAAAUGAAACUCCUGGGUUCAGACAGGGCGCUGCUUCAGCCUACCCAGGAGUGGUUUCUCUGCUUGCUUUUGGAUUGCUUUGUCUCUAGUGGUCACUCGGCUGUCGGCUUUAAAAUGUGAGUUUAUCCGAAGAGGACCACCUGAAAUGCAGAGUGGCAGCUCUUGGUCCAUUGUAGUUGACAAUUAAAAGUGCAACAUCUCCUUGGCCACCCAGGGCUGUGGGUUCAAGCCUGUAGGGUAAUUUCCAAAGUCCUGAAUCCCUUUAAAUAAAUAUAAGCCAUCAUUUGCUUUGAAGUCGGGAAGGACUCAGGUGAACUGAGCAAUGGCAGCAAUUCUGCCGGCUCCUGCUGUCUCCUGUCCAACUUGCUAAAUUUAGCAGCCUAAUCAAGCUUCCUCCUCUCUCUCUUUAAUCAGGUGGAGCAAGUGGCAUGUUGACUUGCUGGUUGGCGCUGGAUCCUAUCCUGCUCGCAGCAUUUCCAGCCCCUCGGUAGUGGCCGGGGGAGCCAUAUGCAGGGGAGCAGCAUGUCUGAUAGGCCACCGCGGCAGCACUUCCACUUAAUCUCUCUGCUCCCAUCCACACGUGCUGCCCUGAUAUCCGACAGCCGGUCCCAUGCGGGCACGAUGCCAGCAGUGACUUUACAGGCUUUGUGGCAGAGAUUAUUUAAAGGAGAUUAACCCUUCUAAACCCCUUAGAUUUUAAUUAUUUCUGUAUGUAUUUAUAAAACCUGCAGUCUGCUAGUUCCAGGGCACAACUGCCCCAGUCACUAUCCUUAACCUGGAUUCGUGAAUAUACAAUGCAGCCACAUUACAGGACAGGGGCUGGGCUGGACAGGGGUCAUUUGACUUAUUUAUUUAUUGCCGUUCUGGAGCAAUUCACAUCUGGGAUGAAAAUGAAACAUUAUGGUUUCAGUUUGUAAAAGGAGCUAAUAAUUCGAAUGACUUUAAAAUACUAGCACUAAUACUGCAUUAAUUGAAUUGUUUGAGUCAAUGUGGCAUCUCUCGCUAAUUGUUUUGGUCAAGGCAGCUCUGUCAUUAAUGCAUAGUGUUGCCUCCCCACGGCCCGUGUGGUGAACACGGAGCACCCUGCAUCUCUGCAGACAGGGCUCUAUAGGGUUGAUGUAUUGGCAGCCAGGAGAGGGAAGGCCUCUUCCUUUC